AUGGCAGCCAGCUCUGAUGCCAUUCCUUCUGGCUCAGGACCCUCCAGCGCGAAAACCGGUAAUGAUAUCCCCAAAGCGACAACGGUCCAGGUGCAACCCGUCCAACCCGGGUUUUCUGAGGCUCAGGACCAGAACCGUUCGAAUGUGGAAGAAUUCGAGCGUCUGUUCGGAGUAGAUGAAGAUGCCUUCGAGCAACCGACCACGACGCGAAAAGAACUAUGGUCGUACUACUUGUACUACAAUGGUGACAACGGGGUUGGCCCUGGCUCAUACACGACCGCUUUGUUCCAAUGGGCCCUGAACGGUGCUGGCUGGCAACCUGGAACAGAGCCUCGCCAGCCCUGCACGGAUUCGUCCCCAUGUGUCGUACCCUGGGCAGGUGGCACACGCACUGUGUCCUCAGUUGUGCUCGUAGCGAAUGGGCUUUGUUUCACAUUUAUGACGAUCAUUUUCGUCUGGCUGGGCAGUGCUGCCGACUAUGGCACCUUCGGGCGCUGGCUGCUAUUGGUGUUGACCGUCGUAUGCUGGGCCUUACAGUACGGUAUGAUGGCCAUCAAACAUCCCAGUCAGUGGCCUGCAGCUAUGGGAUUGUACGUGGUGUCAUAUAUUGCGUAUGGCGCGACCCUCGUGUUCUAUGCCGCUGUUUUCCCCAGGUUGGCUCGAUAUACACCCCAUGUGCGCAAAGCCCGCGAAGAGGACCUGAAGGAGGGCAAGAUAAGCCAGCAGGAGUACGAUGCUAUUGAAUCACUGGAGAGAAAUCACAUUAGGUAUUUCCAUAACCCUACCCCUUUCCAUUCCGCUGCAGCUAAACGUCUGUAUCUUGGCAUGUUGACAUGUUCCAUUCAGCAAUAUAUCGACCGCUCACAGCAAUAUCGGUUACCUGCUGACCCUAUUGAUAAACUUGAGUGUGCUCCUUCCACUACAGAACAAUCAAUAUUCGAAUAA